CCCGCGUUGCCAUGAUGACGUCUUCCUCCUCCGAUGUUCAGCCCGUCAGCUUGGAGCAUCUCCGGACAAAGCCACGAGUGCUCGACUGCAAGGGCACGCCUGUGUUCUGCCGUCCGAUGCGCCCAACAGACUACCCGGCCGUGAGAGAUCUGUUGCCCAAGGUGAGCGGAUAACACGGGCGCUUUCGUCUACAGUGUUUUUUAGCUGUGUUGUCUGCCAUUGUCAUAGGUCUCCCGCUGCCGUGAAGAGCACUCGCUGGAGCUGGUGGCCGCCUACUUGUCCCUCCCCACCUACCACGCCUUCUGCUGCUUCACCUCCACUGACCCAGACCAGCCCUUCUCCGCACCAGCGGCACCAGCAGUAGCGGCGGCCACCACCAACGGACAUGACGGACCUUCCACCCUCCCAGCCGACUUUGACGAGUCAUCCUUGGAGCUGGUGGGGUACGGUGAGCUGUACCUGAUGCCGCACAUGGGGAGGGGCUUCGACGGCCGCCUGGAGAGGGUGGUGGUGUCGGAGGGCUUCCGAGGCAGGGGGCUGGCCACCGCCCUGUGUGAGCACAUCAUCGAGCAGGCGCGGGGGCCGCUGGCGUGCGGACGGGUGGAUUUGACGGUCGAGAACCCUGCCGCCAAGCACAUCUACACCAAGCUGGGGUUCGAGGACGUGCAGACCAAGAUGAUGCGGCUCAUGCUGUGAGCAAAGUGGUGUGAUGAGAGGAGGCAGGCGGCACACAGACGGAGGCCGGUGAGUAGCUGUGCGAG